AUGUCCCACGAAGGUGAAGAAGAUUUAUUGGAGUACUCUGACAACGAGCAAGAGAUCCAAGUUGACAACAAGGAGACUGCUGUUGAAGGUACUACCGAAAAUGAAGCUACCCAGGAGAAUGGUGAGGCUGACAAGAAGGGUUCCUACGUUGGUAUCCACUCUACCGGUUUCAAGGACUUCUUGUUGAAGCCUGAGUUGUCCAGAGCUAUUAUCGACUGUGGUUUCGAGCACCCUUCUGAAGUCCAACAGCACACCAUCCCACAAUCCAUUCACGGUACAGAUGUGCUAUGUCAAGCCAAGUCCGGUUUGGGUAAGACCGCGGUCUUCGUCCUGUCCACAUUGCAACAGCUAGAUCCAGUUCCAGGUGAAGUGUCCGUUGUUGUUAUAUGUAACGCCAGAGAGUUGGCUUACCAAAUCCGUAACGAAUACCUAAGAUUUUCCAAAUACAUGCCAGACGUCAGAACCGCUGUCUUUUACGGUGGUACUCCAAUCGCCAAGGAUGCCGAACUACUAAAGAACAAAGACACCGCUCCUCACAUUGUUGUCGCUACUCCAGGUCGUCUAAAGGCCCUUGUUAGGGACAAGAUGAUUGACUUGUCUCACGUCAAGAACUUCGUUAUCGAUGAAUGUGACAAGGUCCUUGAAGAACUUGACAUGAGAAGAGACGUCCAAGAAAUUUUCAGAGCCACUCCAAGAGACAAGCAAGUAAUGAUGUUCUCCGCCACCCUAUCCCAAGAAAUCAGACCAAUCUGCAGAAGAUUCCUACAAAACCCACUGGAAAUCUUUGUCGAUGAUGAGGCUAAGUUGACUCUACACGGUCUACAACAAUACUACAUCAAAUUAGAAGAGCGUGAGAAGAACCGUAAACUUGCACAAUUGCUAGAUGACUUAGAAUUCAACCAAGUUAUCAUCUUUGUCAAAUCUACCUCCAGAGCUAACGAACUAACGAAACUAUUGAACGCUUCAAACUUCCCAGCCAUUACCGUCCAUGGCCACAUGAAACAAGAAGAACGUAUUGCCCGUUACAAGGCUUUCAAGGACUUUGAAAAGCGUAUCUGUGUCUCCACUGAUGUCUUCGGUAGAGGUAUCGAUAUUGAACGUAUCAACUUGGCUAUUAACUACGAUUUACUAAAUGAAGCCGACCAAUACUUACACCGUGUUGGUAGAGCCGGUAGAUUCGGUACCAAGGGUUUGGCUAUUUCUUUUGUCUCUAACAAGGAAGACGAGGAAGUCUUGUCCAAGAUUCAAGAAAGAUUCGACGUCAAGAUUGCUGAAUUCCCAGAGGAAGGUAUUGACCCAUCCACUUACUUAAACAACUAA